UUCUAAACAUUUUAGGAGUUAGAGAAAAGUGAAGGAAGCCAGAGAGUUGAGGUUUUUAAAUAUGUUUUUAAUCUCCAAAUUACUCUAAUCGUUUUUUUAUUGACAUAAUCCAAAAGUUAUUUUCAGGCAGGGGUUUUCAUUGUGAUCAGACUCAUAAAUUAUUUGUAAAGUUGCUUUGAAGAAACUCCGAUUCGAGCAGGUGGAGCAUCAAUUCCGACACGUCAAAAGGGGACUUGGACCUUCUUUUGGGAUAUAAUUGUUGCCAGCAUUUGUAUGCUACUGGCCCACGUUAUUACAUUGAUAGGUCAGUUAUUUGUUUGAAGGCUGUUUCCAAAACAAAAGCCGGCUUUUUGUUCGUCGUUGAGUUUGCGCUUUUUACCGCUCACCUGUCAUUGUAGCCUAAAGACUGAAAAUGUCUGCUGAAAGGUAUUCAACUUUGGAUGAACCGUCGCUUCGGAAUCUGCUGGAUGGGACGAUGGACCUGGAUGAGCGGCGGCUAAUCCGUUCAGCCAUCAGAGAGCUGAGGAGGAGAGAGAUAGAGGACAUGGAGGCAGCCCUGGCCAGCAAACGCUUCCGGCACAAACGCCUCAACCAGAAUGACGACAAAGAGAACCAGCUCACAAAUAGGUCAGAUUUGGGUGACUCCCUAAACAUGCUCUCUGUGAAACUACAAGCCAUCCAGGACAUGGAGGAACUGACUGGACUGCUGCGCGGGGCAACUGAGUAUGAGGAGAGGAAACUGAUCAGAGCUGCCAUCCGCCGCCUCCGAGACGAGGAGCAGCAGCGUACAGGGCAGAAAGGGGGAACCACCGGCCGAUGCCUAGAAUCUGAGGGCCUGGAUCUCCAAAACAGCCUGGGAGCAGGGGACACAGAAAGGGAGAGCUUUGGUGAGCGAGAGAGAAUCAAGUCACAGAUCCGGGAGCUGCGCAGCCACCAGACGCAGCAGGGCAGAGAGCUACAUAGGACAGGCUCCAACUUAGGCAUGGUUCUAGUUCUGGACCCCCUUGUGAGGAAAGAGGUCUCCGGCCCUCUGCUGAACCACCCAAAGAUCUGGGACCCUGUGACAUCAUCAGAGGUGGAUGUGGUCCUGUCCCACCGCCAGUGCUCUGACUCUACAUCCUCGGACCACACCCUGGCCUCCAGGCCACGUCUCGACUCAGGAGCCUCAGAGAAGAGCCUGGGUCUGGGCUCAGCCUUCAGAACCAGGGUGGACUCAGGAGCGUCAGAAAAGAGCCUGGGUCUGGGCUCAGCCUUCAGGACCAGGGUGGACUCAGGAGCCUCAGAAAAGAGCCUGGGUCUGGGCUCAGCCUUCAGAACCAGGGUGGACUCAGGAGCGUCAGAAAAGAGCCUGGGUCUGGGCUCAGCCUUCAGAACCAGGGUGGACUCAGGAGCGUCAGAAAAGAGCCUGGGUCUGGGCUCAGCCUUCAGAACAAGGGUGGACUCAGGAGCGUCAGAAAAGAGCCUGGGUCUGGGCUCAGCCUUCAGAACCAGGGUGGACUCAGGAGCGUCAGACAGAAGCCAGUGUUCAGUCCACAGAGGCAGACUGGACUCUGGGGCCUCCGAGUCCCGCUUCAGACCGAGACUAGACUCUGGCACGUCAGACUCCAGCACGGGACCGCCAGCCCCUCUAGGCUCUGAGACCUCUGACAGUGCAGGGCUGCUGUCACGGAAACGACUGGACUCUGGGACUUCUGACCUGAGCGUGGGUGUGUCUUCUGUUGAGCGGGGCCGUGUGGAAGAGCCAGAGGUGACCAUGAGUAGCUCCUCCUCCAGCACAGAUUCAGAGGCUGAGAGCACUAACCACCAUUCAGCCCAAACCCGCCAAGACCACUCCACUACCAACUGUGAUCAGCCUGAUGGGGCCGUCCUAUCCAGGAAAGCCUCAGACUCCCACAGUACCCUGCUCAAUGGCAGUUCCAAGGGAAAAGGAGACAUCCAGGAACAGAAGGUCAGAGAUACUUUAUUCCCUACUCUCAGCAAAGCAAGCGAUGCAGUGCCUGAAAAGAAGCCGGUUGUCUUGGCCCCGUUUGGCCGGGCUAACUCUGUGCGGGACCGUAUGCGCAAGUUUACAGAGCCCAGCCCAAGCCCCAGUGUCCCGUUCCUGAAGAGGAGCUCUCAGUCUCUAAGGAAUGGGACAGCCCCCAGUGCCCGAGUCCUAGGCAGAGCCACCGAGCUGAGUGAGGGACGAGCAGCAGGGCCAGUCAACCAAACAGCAAUGACCACAGCAGUAUCCAUCAGAUCCCUUACAGACAGGCACGGGAGACCCCAUGUAGGUUCUACAUCGUACUCUUUAUCUUCCUCCUCCUCAGAGAACCUUGUCCAAUGCCAGGGCACAAUUCAGCCAGGGGGCGUGGCCACCAAAGAUCUGCAAACCGCUGCUCAAUCCAUGAGCACUGUAGGCGGGGCGAAGCAGCCGGCUAAAAAGCUGCAGCACUCCUCGGGCAUCUCAAAGGAAGACAAGACCCCAGGGAACCAGGGAGAGGCAGACCCCGACAUGAAGACCUUCCUAACUAUCGAGAUCAAAGAUGGACGCACCAUCACCUCCUCCUCCUGCUCCUCCUCUUCUUCCUCUAGAGGCAACCUGGCCUCCAUGACCCCCAUGGCCCAACGCAUCACCACCAACUCCCUGGGACAGAGAGCAGAGUUGACCAUGGGUCUGAGAGCGACCCCAUUCAAGACCCCCUCCAGCCUCACUUCUGGAUCCUCAUUCAAGAUGGAGACAGAGCCUGUGAUGGCCUCAGAGCCAGUGUUUGCAGUGGAGCCCUUGGUGCAGGUGGCAUGCUGUCAGGCCCCAGCUACUGUACCCAACGGCUCUUCUGCAGCUCGGGCCAAAGUCGAAGAACGCUCCGGAAAACUGACUGCAGAACAGCUGGCCGCCAUCAACGAUGAGGAGCUCCUGGAUAAAAUGCUGGAUGAGUCCAAGGACUUUGAGGAGAGGAAGAUGAUCCGACAAGCCAUGAGAGAUCUGCGUAAGAGGAAGAGAGAAGCCGUACUGGGAUGUACACAGGAGGAAAUAGACCAGAGAGAGAAGGAGAGAGAGGUUCGUCUUGUGGAGCUUCGGCAGCAGAGAGAAGAGCGCGCUCAGAAGGGUCGUACGGGAGGAGGAGGAGCUGAAGAGGUCGUGAUGAGGAAGGUGGAGAAGUCAGCUGAUGGCUCCACCCUCAGCCAAGUCACCAAGACAAACCACUUCGGCCAGUCUGGUGAUGGCAGCAGGACAGCUCACACCACCACCAUGGAGGCCAGUUAUGUGAAGAAAACAGACAUGGGGACAGUCCAGUCGAAGUCCUACAGCUACUCAUCUACCUCUUCCAGCUCCAGCUCUGCCAGGAAAGUGGGCAGUGUGUUUGACCGUGAGGAUGACACAGCGUCCCGUGCUGCGGAGCGCCGGCAGGCUGAGAAGCGUAAGGAGCUGAUGAGAGCCCAGAGUCUUCCCAAGACGUCCGCCGCACAGUCCCGCAAAGCCAUGAUCGAGAAGUUGGAGAAGGAGAGCGGAGGUCCAGGGAAUAAAGCGGUUGCCAAGGUGAACAUGGUCCAGCGCUCCGCUAGCUGUGUGGUGCCCAAUGCCAACUCCAUCAAACAGAUGCUGCUGGACUGGUGCCGCGCCAAGACCCGCUCAUACGAGAAUGUGGACAUCCAGAACUUCUCGUCCAGUUGGAGUGAUGGCAUGGCGUUCUGUGCCCUGGUCCAUAACUUCUUCCCAGAGGCCUUUGACUACUCCUCUCUCACUGCUGCCAACCGCAGACACAACUUUGAGGUGGCCUUCAGCACUGCAGAGGAAUGUGCCAACUGCAUGCCCCUUCUGGAGGUGGAGGACAUGAUGAUCAUGGGGAGGAAGCCUGACUCCAAGUGUGUGUUCACCUACGUGCAGUCACUGGUCAACCACCUGCGCAGGCACGAGAUGAAUCUCGCCAAGGCCUUUGCCAAACUCCAGGGCACCGACUUCUGAUCUGCCCCUGAGCUCACAGUGUGUCCUCUCCCAUAGCACCACUAUACUGUACCCCUCCUGUCCUCCUGAGCCCUGUCCCUCAACACCACCCCUGUCCCAACAGGCUGACAGCCAGCCCAGACUCUGAGUGAGGGGUGUUACUGAUUUGCACAUCUCUGAUGGCCAACGACGGAAGAGUGUUUGUGUAGGAGUGUCUAUCUCUCAUGAUUAUCUUUGUUGACAGUGGUGGCAUGUCAGACAGAAAUUCCCCUCCUCUGGACACACAUUUGUUCAGGCUGUGCGAACCUUCCCAAAGGAAAACUCCAACGUUUUCAUUAUAGAGAAUAUUUUUAAGCUUUAAUUGAUACGUUAUACUGAAAUGUAGUUGUAGUCUAUCAGUAGGCAAUUCUAUUCAUGCUUUGGAAGUCCUAGGGUUAUGGCACCAACAAAACCCUGCAUGAAAUGAACACGAGAAAAAUAUGCAUUUUGUUGUACUCACUCACUCACUCACCUUAAUGCCUACAUGUUUUUUUCUGUGACAAUUGUAAGAUGUUACUCAAGCUGUUGGUGAUGAUGAAGAAAAAUAAUAUGCAUCAGUUUUAUAUUCCUUCAGUCCCCACUCUGGUUCUGUUUAAGGUGUUAACACAUCUACUUGCUUUUUAAAACACAUCUACUUGAAUUGUUUUAAAUAGCCCUUAUUAUUUCUAUUUUGUUGUUAAUAAUUAUCAUUAUUACUAUUUAAGUUUAUUCAUAAGCACUGGUAUGGAGGGAUGUUAUUCAGUCAUUGUGAUAUAUAGUAGUUAGCAUUAUGACAUUGGUGGAUCUGUUUGUACAGCCCUAUGCUGAGUAAGAACCAUAUCUGAAUCUACAAACCCAGAUGAAGUUAAAGCCAGACUAGGUUGUAAUAGCCAUUUUCUAAUACUGAAAUGUUAAAGCCAGACUAGGUUGUAAUAGCCAUUUUCUAAUACUGAAAUGUUAAAGCCACGACUAGGUUGUAAUAGCCAUUUUCUAAUACUGAAAUGUUAAAGCCAGACUAGGUUGUAAUAGCCAUUUUCUAAUACUGAAAUGUUAAGGCCAGACAAGGUUGUAAUAGCCAUUUUCUAAUACUGAAAUGUUAUGAAAGUAGCUUGUGUAACUAUAAUUAAUUGUGUAUUUACACCACUCACAUUUACAUCAUUUUGGUCAAAGUGGAUAAACACCAGUGUUGAAAAGUAGGUUCCAAGUGCUUCUCAAACAGGUAAAAUCACACAUUGGUGUUGUUUCUAGAUUAUCAUGUCUUUAUUUCAGCUCUUCUCCCUGUCCUUGCCUCAGUUUGUUUCAUUGGGGUAUCAAAAUAAUCAGCAUAGGGUUGUCACACUCAUGUUUGAGAUGCCAGCAAGAAUAAGGCUGUGACCUCAACGAUUUCCCUUCAAAAUAAAAGUCCAGCAAUGAAGAUGGUAGAAAAAUAAUACAAAUGGUCAAAACACAUAACAUUUUAUUAGGACAUUUUCUUUCCUAAUAACAUUUUGUUUAACAAUAUAAAAAAAAGGAAAAUAGUUUCCCAACGCCCAUACGAUCAGACUGAGCAUUCAAAUAGCCAAAAUAGGUGCAGGAAAAUAAAUGAUAAAAAAUAUUUUUCUUUAAAUAAACACAGAGUGAUUUAUUAGACAGAGUGAUGAUUUAAAAAUACAAUUAAAAAGACUGCAUGGGGGCUUUAAGGGCCACAAAAUUAGCAGCGAUGACUGGGGUGUAAACUCUGUGGAUUUGGAAACUAGAAGUGCUGUUGAGUGGAAUGGACACCCCUUUUACUGCGACACAAUGUACAGAACAUUUUGUACAGUCCAAAAAAUGAUAGAACAGAAAAAAAACAUUGUUGACCAUUUACACAUGAAAAAAGAGACGUAUAUCAUAGAAAUACUUUAAAUAAUUAUUUGUUUGAUAAUGUAUAAAAUAUAUUGAUAAUUGUGCACAUUUUCCAUAAUUUUCUCCCUAGUUAUUAAUAUACAAAGUAUACAGGACAGGACUCAAAAUCCGUGACCUGGAAGUGCUUAGUUUUUUUUGCCAGAUUCACAAUGGUGUCACAUUCACACUGCCAGCACCAUAUGCUUUGAAGUUUUGUUUCAUGAGUGUUUCAUUUCUAUGAAUCAAAUCUAUAGCCAGAACAACAUUGAUGGUAAUGUGAUUAUUUGAUUGAAUAUGAAAGGUCUGUUGGCGAGGCCAACUUCUCUUCUCUACAUCCUUUGGCCCAAUGAAGGCUGGCUUUUAGCUCAGUCGAUUCUAUGACUGAUGAACAGAAGAGUAUUACUGAUAAAGGCUAAAUGUACUUUAUUUCCAAUGUAUAUUUUCUGAACUUAAGUGAAGAAAAA